GAGGAGGAGGUGGGACUUUCAGGAGCUCAGCAGCAAAGUGCGUCGAUGCUUCACUGUCACCUGUACGUGAAAUGAACACCUGAUGCCGGCGGGUUUUAAUAACAAAACGCUCAUGUUUCAGGCAGUUUGCAACGCCACAAAAGGAACAAGGCCUACGUGUAGUUUGCCAGACAGUGACCUGCUGUCCACACGGAGCAAACUGACGCACAAGUUGGACUAAGAGGAACACACGAAGGAUGUGUUUUUAAAAGGAAGUAACAUUAUCGCAGCGGCUGCCAGUAACCGAGCUACAGAUUGAACAUGAUGCAGGUUGUGUGAGUGACAGAUAUGGGGUCAGCAAGAUCAUAUUUGCAGACUUUCACUGUGGUGGCCGUUUUUUGCCUAUUUUUGACCACUGAAGGUGUGAGGCCAGAGGUGCGUGGAAAGGUCGGAGGUGUGGUGGAGUUGGAGUGUAGUUUUCCUCCAUCAGACCCAGCUGCUGUGUCCUCAGCGUCCCUGCAUGUGGUGGAAUGGGUUCGACAGGGACUCGACAUCCCCGUCCUGAUAAAAUUUGGAUCCUACGCGCCUCGCGUCCAUCCACAAUAUGAGGGGCGUGUAUUUCUGGUACGAAUCACCACCCUGAGGCUGGAGGGCCUGCAGCUGGAUGACCAAGGCUCGUACGAGUGUCGAAUCCUCUUACUGGAUGAACCCACGGAUGAGCUGCAAAACGGCACCUGGACUCUGCUUACUGUAACUGCUCCACCCACAUUCAUUGAAGCCCCGCCUCCUGUGGUGGAGGCUCUGGUUGGAAGUCACCUCACUCUUGCCUGUGUUGCUAAAGGCAACCCUACUCCAACCAUCACCUGGCUAAAAGAUGGCGGUGUGAUUAAAAGAAUAAAUUAUCAGGAAGGAGCCUUGUCUCUGAGAGCAGUGAGCAUGCAGUCAGCAGGACAGUACACCUGCAAUGCCUCCAACUCUGAGGGAAACGUGACUCGUGUGACCAAAGUAAAGCUCAAAGGUCCGCCUGUCAUUGUCGUCCCUCCCAAAAGCACCUCUCUCAACAUGUCCCAGAAUGCACUUCUCCGAUGCCAGGCUGUGGCCGAUCCCCCCAACAUGACCUACGUGUGGCAGAAAGGUGGAGAAAACGUCUAUCACAUAGAGUCUCUGAAGUCGCGAGUGAAGAUCUUGGUAGAUGGAACUCUACUCAUCUCCAGCCUCAUCCCAGGGGAUUCUGGGAACUACACCUGCAUGCCGACCAACGGCCUGCUGACCCCGCCCACCGCCUCCGCCAACCUCACAGUGAUGCACCCAGCACAGGCUCUUCCAAUGCCCCAGCAAACGUACCUUCCUACAGGUAUGGGUGGUGUGGUCACCUGUCCAGCAGCUGCUCAGCCUCCGCUGCUCCGUGUGGAUUGGACGAAAGAUGGAGAACCACUUGACCUGUCCUUGUAUCCAGGAUGGACCUUGACACCAGAGGGCUCUUUGUUCAUGGCCACAGUUAAUGACGAUUCAGCGGGUGUGUACACAUGUACCCCAUACAACAGCUACGGCAGCAUGAGUUCAUCUGGGCCAACGAACGUAAUUCUACAGGACCCCCCAUCAUUCAGCGUCACUCCAGAGAAGCAGUACAGUCAGGAAGCUGGGAGAACCCUGCUCAUCCCAUGUCAAGGAAAUGAGGACCCAACACUUGAAGUGACCUGGAGCAAGGUCGACUUGGCUCGUCGCACAUCUUACUCCAUAGAACCCAACGGUUCUUUGCUCCUGCAGCCUCUCACUAAGGACCACCAGGGGGCGUGGGAGUGCAGCGCUGCUAACCGUGUAGCCUCUGUGAAAGCCAGCACACAAGUCUUUGUCCUGGGAACCAGUCCCCAUGCGGCUACCUCUCUGUCCGUUUCUCCAGGGGUGAAGCAGGCCAACAUAUCCUGGGAGGCAGGCUUUGAUGGAGGAUCAGCACAGACAUUUUCAGUUUGGGUGAAGAAGAUUUCAGCGAGUGAUAAUGAUGGGAAGCAGGACUGGUUCUCUGUGCCCGUGCCCCCCUCCUCUGGCACCAGGUUGCAGGUGACAGGCCUGUCUCCUGUCACCGACUACCAGUUCAGCAUCCUGUCUCACAAUAAAAUGGGCACAGGACCCUUCAGCGAGAUUGCCACCGCACGGACCUUGGAUCCUCCACCAAGGAGAAGUAAACUAAAGCCUCCCUCGUCGCUGUCUGCUAAUCAGAGCUCAGCAGGUGUCGUUCUGCAGUGGUCCCCUCCUGAAGCUCAACACCCUCCCAUCACGGGCUUUGUUCUCCAAUCCCGCACCGAGCAGGGGGAGUGGUUUAACUUGGAUGAGGACUUGAGUGCCAACAGUAGCGAGAUAGUCGUUCUGGGUCUGCACAAGGACUGUGUGUACGAGCUGCGGCUGCUAUCUCGUCGUGGGGAGUUGCUGAGCGAGCCCGGUCCAUCAGUCAAUGUCUCCACUGUGGGGAUGGACAUAUACCCCGCCACAUCCCGACUCCUGGAGUUUGUCCCAGAACCAUUACUGGCCGGCGUGCUGGGCGGGGUCAGCUUCAUGUGCUUGGCACUGGUCUUGCUGCUGGGGUCCGCCUGUGUCAUCAGCCACAAGAGGGACCAGCGCCGCAGAAAGAAGAAGGACGAGCCCCCUCCUGCCAUCUAUAAAUGCUCCCCAUCAAUAAAGACUUCAGGCACUGGCAGUCCAGACAGUGUGUUGAAGAAAAGCCUACUUCCAGCCAGUAUCCUCUAUCCCACCACUUCCUCUACCACCACCUCGUCCUCCUCGCAGACUGACUGUUCCUCCCUUAGCACUGAGAAUCAGCAUCGGCGGAAGCUUCUGUUGUCCAACUACAGCAGAGGCCGCCUUACUAGGACAACGUCUUCUCCGAUUUCACCUCAAAUUGAGUUGAUCUCCAGAGGUCCAGAUGGGCGCUUCUUACUUUCACCAUAUGACAAUGACAUGCUGAGUGUUAACAGCAAGAAAAGCGUUAGGUAUGAUCAACCUGCCAGAGUCCGAAGGUCUGUGUCACUGCACUCGGAAAGGGAAGACAGGAAAGAGCCACCGUUUGUGCUCUCUGUUGAUCUCCCAUCUUGCAAACCAGCAGAGGCUAAUUCCACAAGCCAGAUUUGUGGCAUGACCCAGCGCCUGCCCAAUCACGUCCCCUAUGUUUUGGAUCAGAAAGCAAGCUGCAAUGACUUUCCCGACCUCAGCAGCAUGUGCUCAAACAGUAGUUUAGCUACCGUUCCUCAUCACAACAGAGAACUAACUCCUACAUUUCCAGUGCUACCACAUAUCCGAUCAGGCCUAGGUCAGCCAUCUACGACCGCCAGCAAUCUGGUUCUCCAAAUGGAGCACGAGCGGGAGAGAGGAAACCUGAGUCACUGCCUGAAACUGGCUCAGGAGAGGGAGGAGCUGGAGAGGGAGCUCCAGAAGUACACGCUGGAAAGAAGCUCCAUGAGAGAAAUGAGGAGGGAGUAUUCAGACUUGGAGGGGAGAGAGGCUGGUGGUUAUGAGCUUUUGUGGGAAUAUAAGAGCAGCACCUUGCCACACAGAUACCCCCAGGGCAGCAAGGAGAGCUUUGGACUGUCACCGAGCCCUUUCUCUUCAUCUUCUGUGUAUUGGGAAUCCUGUCCUCUUGUCUCUCCUCCCACUCUGAUCCCGGCCCGGACCUCAUUUCAACCAUUUCCAUCCAACAACCAUCAUCCCGCUUCAUCCUUCACCAAACAGACCCCCCUCCAAUCUGAGGAGGCAGGCAGUUUUUCCAAAGACAGAUUAACUCUCCCACAUCUCUCCUCAAAGCACCAGAGACAUGAAAGGGUAGAGGCAGCACCAGCGGGCUAUGAUAAUUCACCACAAUCCACACUCUUAGAAAUGCAAACGAAUGAUUCAUGCUCUGAGGCACGGAGACAGAACAAUCUUAGUCAUGGCAACCUUUCAACGUUGUCUUUCCAUAGCAAUAAAUAUACUGCAAGAUCUAAUUCGGCUCUUGAUGCAGUGCCAAACUCUUCAAAAGCGGAGGUAGCGUUCCCCGAGCCCACUGAUGAAGUUGUGUGUGUUGAGAUGAGUGUGGAUGAGCCAGAGUUGGAGGCAUGUGUAAUGCGGCCUACAAAGCCUAUGCUGCACCACAGAAUCGCCUCUCAUGUGCAACAAGGGCACUCGCUGACUCGCAGAGUCCAGUAUGAAGACAUGAGUAGGAGCACAAGCUUUAAUUGCUGCAGCCCUGCUUCUGUGGAUGAUAUUAUCAGAGUCCCAGCUUCUCUGCAACCUCCAGAACCAGAACUCUGCAGAGCUGUGACCCAAGGCUCUAAAAUCUGGGACUCUAAGCAGCGAAGUCAGAGCCUUGACUCAAGGAGACGGAAAAAUGCCAAAUUCCUGACUCCUGAUGCGUGGAUAGACUCUCUCAGCCAGGAGAACUGCUCUGUUGCAUCUUCCUGUCGUCCAGACUCUCUGUCCUGGGAGCCCCAGAGAUCUUCUACUAGGAAGCUCUCCAAACCUCCUUCUGCUACCCAAGCUGCCUCCUGUUCACCUGCUGUGGACCCUAUAUCUCCAAGGAGCAGUCCAGAGAGGCCCAUACCAAAUCCUGACGUCCCUUGCCACUACAAGCCAAGAAGAGAGUUGUCCAUCUUUCCCAGUGCUGCCAAAUGGCCAAUCACCUACCAGGAGGCCACGAAAGAUGCAGAAGGUUCCUUGGAGGCCAUGAAGAAAGCUUCUAGAUGCUUACCGCCGGAUAACAAUGAUCAAGAGGCACUAGAAGUGGAGGCAGGAGGCUAUGAUGGAGUACCAGAGUCUGGGAGCAGCUACAACAGUUAUGCCAGUAGCGGCCGAGGCAGCAUGGAACCCGCUAAUGGACGCCUUUCCCUGUGUCACCCUGUUUCCCCAACCCUCACCAGCUCACCUGAGACUGUAGAGGAGAGCCAGGGCAGCACAGAGGACAAGCACAGUCACCAAAUGGAGCUAAGCCAAAGGAGAAAGGCCUCCGUUGAUGAGAAUUAUGAGUGGGAUGCUGCUGAUUUCUGCUCACAGCCUGGAGACCGUGAUGGCCUGCUUCCUUCAUUGAAUCUACUGAAGCCUGCUCGGUGCUAUAGCCUUCCCAGUAUGCAGUGCUCCACUAAGGCACUGAAAAAUUGCACUCAGCUCUCUUUGCUCCCGGGGCAUCAAAGCAGCUGCACCGCUGAGCCAGAACCAGACACCGUGCUGUUCUGACAGCGCCAGCCUUCGGCUCAUCUCGCCUAGUGUGUCCUUUCACUCAUUGACUCACAUCACAAGGUGACAAAAAGUGCAUGUGGCAGAGAGCAACGACAGAUUUGCGGGGUGGCUGUGGCCACCAUGGAGUGAAGCCUGGCCACCCUAUUGGCCACCGCAGUCGUAAUUGCCUAUUUGGGGCUUUUUGUCUUGGGCAGAAUAAUGGUUUUUUUUAGAGGCGGAACCAUUUCUGUAUAGCCGCAACACACUGGGAUGCAUUUUAGGUGCACCCACACACCCACUUAGGUGUGCACCCACAAGUGCCUCUGGAGACUUUACAACGGGCAAGUCUAGUAAACCAACAAAUGAUUACAGUUAAGCUAAUAGUAUCAGACGGAAGAUUUCUUUUAGACACUUUUAAUUAUUCCAUCCGUGACUGUAUCGAUUUAGAGCCCCUAGCAUGCCAGGAGGAACAAAUGCAUCAUGCAAAAACCUAAGGUAAUCCAUAAAUAAACAGUUCACGAGGCACAAAAAAAGAUGUAUUGUUACAUUUUGAGUCAUACCAGUUUAAGUCAAAUUAUAUUUUUAAUCAUUUUUAUCAGGGAAAUUGGAGACAAUAUAUUUGGUGGUUACUCACUGCUCACUAGUGUAUGUUAGUACAUUCCAUUUUAUUUCAAAUAAUAACGUUAAUUCACCAGUAUCAUUUCUGCCUAGCUUCCUAGUAGGGGCUUGUUUUUAGAUAAUCCAAAAGAAAGUGAUAGGAAACACACUCUAACCUCUGCUAAAGGAUACAUUAAUUUGCUGCAAGAUUGAACCUAUUGCUACAGUAACUUGAUUAGCUACAUUGAAAUAAAUCAUAAUACUCCUCAAUCAUAAUAUAAAUUAUAUACUAUACUCAUCUAUCUAUCCAUCUAUCCAUCCAUCCAUCCAUCAAUCCAUCCUCAUCAGUCAUAAUAUAAAUCAUACCUUUGGUACCAAUGGCAGUCAUGCUGGAAGAAAGAACUACACAAACAUUCCGUGCAAGGCCUCUAUUGUGAUUUACUUUCAAAUACUUUUGCAGCUUUUUUGAGAUGUCACAUUUAUUCUGAAUCAAGAAUUCUCGGUUUUAUGUACAUGUUGAUUAUAUUUAUUGGUUACAUACAAUGUAAUCAGACUUUGAUUAAGAAACUCCUUUUACCUAUGUUUCUGUCUGUCUCUGUAUCCCUGAUGCUACGGUGACAGAGAAUGAGCAUAGUGCUGCUGAGCACCAUAGGCUGAGCUGAACAUCUGCUCUCAGAACAGUAGCAAUACUCUGUAGCUUUGUACUUAUAGUGUAAGCUUCUUUGUUACUUUACCUGCAGAAAUAAGAAAAAAAUGUUGGAUACACUAAAUAUUAUUUGAUCUAUUCCACCACUGCCUGAAUUCCAAAUAAUGUAGAGUAAUGUGUUGUAGGUGCCUAAAAUAGCCCUUUAUUUUCUAGUUAGACACAUUUUUAUGUUCAUAUAAUAGUGAUUUCUGUACCACCACAAAAUGACCACUGGUCCCAUCCUGGCCACCCCACUGAAAAUGACCUGGCACUGGCAGAGAGUGAGCUUUUAUCUCAUCAAUUCAAUUCUCUUUUUCAAACCGCAAAAUAAAAGGCCAAAGUACUGAAUGGCUUGUUUCAGGGUAUUCUGCUUGCUCUCUUCGUUGAAUUUCACUUGAAAAAUAGUGGUUUUCAACAAUACAGGUCAGCGUAAAAGUAAUGGAGACACAAAAUCACCUUUACCCUUAUGCAGAGCUUUAAAAGUUUGUUUCGCUUUGUGACCUAUCACCAUCACGUUCUUGACAUUUUCUUUUCAGACAGUGCCAAUCUGCCGAUAUCAAAGCGUUUCACUGUGCUGAUAGAUUCACCGCAUUCUCUGUGUGCAGUUUGAUAUGCAUUCAUCAUCCAGGGAUGACUCAGUGGCCACACAAGGGACAAAGCGAUCUCAGUCAUCAUCUAAAAACGUAAUCAUCAUGGUUAAGUUUUUAGAUAUCAUCAAUCACCUUUGAGUUUAACAAAAGAGGUGUUUAUGAAAUGCCAAUAAAUAAGAUAGAAAAAUAGAAUAUUAUAGGUUAUUUUGCUACUCUGUUACUGUUUUGCUUUAGUUUAACACUGUUUCUAAAAGUGUAGUUUGCCAACAGAGAUCAUUAUCUGCUUUUUUGCCCUUAAUAUACUGAGAAUUUUUGGAAUCCAAAAAUCUACUCAGUCUGGAUGAAAGCCUUAGUGUCCUCUCCAGGCCGUCUUGUUGUUCAGCGAAGCAAGACCUCUAAUAAUGUUUGGUAAUUGAAGAGGCUCAUGUCAACUUGUAGGGUUUGUCCUUGUAAAAGGCAUAAAGAGAAAUGAGCUUUUAUUUUGACUUUAAUUUACCAAGGGUCAAUUCACUUAAUGAUGACUGCUUUUCUCCCAGCAACACCUGCAUUAUACUCACGCAGCUGUUCACAUUGACACUUGGGAGCCCACAGUGGUGCUGAUAAGUGGCACCAGUUGAUUGGUUAAAUGCCUUGUUUGAGGCCAUGUCAACAGCAGGUACUGAUCACAUCCUCGUAGGGAUGGGCGAUAAUUCACCAUUAUUGUUUAUGGACUAGUUUAUAGAUCGUUUAACAAAAUGCUGUUGUCCAAAUUUAAGCAUUACAAGCAAGUUUUUUUUUUUAUUUGAGUGCUCAAUCGCAUCAGAAUUUAUAACAGCAAAGUUUCAGACCCAAAUUAAGCUCUCCUCCACUCACUGAACACAGUCAGUCCAGAGAGCCACAGCCACAUGAGAGCACAUUCGCUGAGAAAUAUUGGUGACUGUCUUUAAAGGCCCUGACCCAUUGGCUGUCGGUGGGCAUCUGUAGCCCUGGUUUUCGCGGUGUGUUCCGCACCGUUGGCAAUCGUCGGUCCCAUCGAUGUAUUAUAAAAACUAAAAAAAUUACCCCAAAAUGGUACCUAUUCAUUCCAAUGAGAAUUGCUCGCGCAUAUGGCAAAAAAGUUUUCUAGCUUCCGGGUUUACUUCCGGGGUAUGCAGCCCACUGAAUAAGCACAGCAGUGUUUCUCCCACUGGCCCCGACCGUGAGUUCCCGCUCGGCCCAUAGACUUUACAUUGUGAUGACGUCAAAGAUUUUUAAAUAGCUUUUCUCGGCUCAAGGAACGUUUGUAAAACCUCCCAUGGAUCAAUAAUUCAUAAUAGAAAGAGUCAUAAUUGACCUUGUUUUGCAGUUUGAGGUGUCCUGUCAACAGUUUUACAGACGUCUCUUUUAUAAUUGUGGCCUAUGGAGAAAAUGCUUUUUGGGCCGCAGGUGGAUUUUUCGUUACAAUAUUGCGAGUGACCACUGGAAAAAAAUUGUGUUGUUGUUACUGUGCUAACGUUAACUGGCUAACUAACGUCUAGAAUCCGACCUGUCUGUUUUCAGUGAACAAAACAGGAGAUCAGACAUUUCCUCAAUUAGAAGCAGCUGUUUUACGAAACCGUCUGAGCGAGAGCGGGCAAAACUACAUCCAUGGGUCUGCUUUUGUUUAUAUCGGGAGUCCUGGGUCUUCCGGUGUUUCCUUUUUGAAUGACGAAUGCAGACUACCGCCACCUACUAGUAUGGAGAGUUAUUACCUCUCAGGCAGGUGCAGAACGUACGUGCAAGUUGGCUGUUCGCUGUAGUCGGUGUGGUGUGUUCUAGUGUGACUUUUUGGCACAGGCGACGUGAGGCGACACAGCAGUCUGCUUUUGCCGGCCUUAAGGAACAACACUAGCUACAACCAACAGUAGCCACUGCACGACCGGCAUGUAGUAAGUAUGUCACCAAGCUUCCAGCCCGUGGUGGAAGAAGUACUCAGUUCUUUUACUUAAAAGUGUGUGCACCAAUACGACAGUGUAGAAAUAAGUAAUAGUCCUGCAUUCAAAAUUUGACCUGAGUAGAAGUACAAAAGUAUUAGCAGCAAAAUGUACUUAAAAUACCAAAACUAAUUAUUAUUACUCAUUAUGCAAAAUUGCCCAUUUCAGAAUAUUAUAUUAUUGGAUUAUAAUUACUGUUGCAUUAAUGUGUAAACAUCACUUUAACUUAGCCCCACCUUUACCAGCUGAAACAUUAAACUACUUUAUAUACUGCUGGGAAGCUUAAUUUGUAAUAAUAAAUCAUAAUUAAUUGAUAUUGUGUAUUAAUAAUGUGAAUCUGCAAAGUAACUAGUAACUAAAGCUGUCCGAUAAAUGUAGUCCAUUUUUAAAACUGUACUUAAGUACAGUACUUGAGUAAAUGUACUUAGUUACGUUCCACCACUGCCUCCAGCACCACCUAUUUGGCAAGGAAGCACAAAUGAAUUUUGCCGUACCACUUUCUGGUGUGACUGGGCACUCACAUGUGUGAAGAGUUUUGUAAGGCAUAACAGUGGAACACAGCUCAUUGCAUCCGACAUGAAGUUGAUUCUCUUAUGUGUGGUAUAUAUCCUGUAUUGUGAUACAUAUUGAUAUUGGAAAAUUGGACACACUAAAACCAUUGAUCUCGCCAAUCCCUACUUCCCAACGUGGAUUAAGAUUGUACCUAUUAGUUUUGGGGGAUCAAACCAGCCACUUUCCAGGCACAAACCGGCCACCACUGCCCCUAAACCUGCUGAGAGAAACAUACUUAUGCCUCACGCUCUCUUUUCUUCAUGAACAAUGGAGGAAAAAGGAAAAUUGGUUUUGCUUGCUGCUAGCUCAAGGCCUUCACAUUAGUCAACCAAAUAAUUAACUCAGAACUCCACAGUGUACCAGAGCAUUGUGGGGUAUCCAUCCUAUAAUUGAAAUUCACUCAUAGAGGCUGCAUUUACUGCAAAUCAAUGUUUCACUUCUGUAGAACAUUUUCAUUUUCUGGUGUACACAUAUUGUACCUCAAGUCCAUAAAUGAUCAAACCCCAUGUGCUGCUCUGGGGAUUUGUAGUCAGCACUACUUUUUUGCCUACGUUUUUGAAAUUGAAUCUAAAUAUUGUGCUUCCAAUAGAUCAAACAAGGAAAAGUAUGUGAAAAUAUUACUGGAUAUAAUACUUUCAAAGAAAUAAUCUGCCCAUUUUUGACAUUCAGGGCUAAAAAAUAUUCAAAUGAUGUGUGUCGAGUGCUCUGGAGGAUUCAGUCAACAGUACUACACAAUACAACAGCACAACAGAAUAAAACAUCACAAAGGAAACCUGUUCACAAAGAGAAUCGUGGACAACAGCGAGGGCUCAUAAACCUGAUUGUUAUACUGCUACCCUUUUCAGUUAUUGUGCAUACUUGGUGGAUAAGCUUUAAAGCAAGCACUCUUUUAUUAUGUCCAUUAAGUAGUGAAUGAAUUAUUUGCAAAUGCCAGGAAGUGACUGUUGAAGCUAGAAACCAAUCAAGGUCCUAUGAAAUGAAAUGAAAUGAAAUGAAAUGAAAUGAAAUGUCACAUACAUACCAUAUGCCACUCCCAGUUGUUCUAAACUCGCCAUAAUUAGUGAGUAACUCGAGUCUUUAUGUGAGUGAAAGUCAACGUACUGUAAAACCUUCUCUGUACUGUAUUACAGCAUUUUUCAAAAUACUCAGAUAGCAAGUUUUAGUUUGUAGAAAAAUGUCAGUUUCAGUGGAAUAGCCACAUAGUGGCUUUAAAGCUAAUCAUUUUCAUUUUCUACCAAUUUUCACUUGAAAAAUACCCAGAUUUAUUUUAACUGUAGCAGAUGAGUUUACACUGAUUUUCAUUCAGAUUCUACUGUAUCUGCCAAUGCAUUGAAAAGUUGUCUUUUCUGCUGCAAGAAGAGGGUGUUAGCUGAAGUAAAGUAGGUCCGUUUGCAACACUGACAGGUCAAAAAAAUUUGCUUCAUUUUAUAGAAAGUCCUGAUAAAAAUGGAGACAAUGCAAAUAAGCUGCUGAUUGAGUUCUUCUAAGUGGUAAAAAACAACAACUGUUAAAUACCAGAACGUUUGAGCUGCAAAUGGUAUUUUAAUAGUCCAAAUCUCUCAUUGUUUUUGUAUUAUUUAAAAAAAUAAUCAGAUUUUCACACAUAUCUGAACAUUUGUGAAGAAAUUCCCAGAUUUCUUUCUCAAUAACUUAACUAAAUUAAAUAUUCAUGACUAAAAAAGAAACAGUUUAAAAAAACCCAUCAGAGUAUAACUCUUAAUAACACUCAGAAUGCUUCAUUAAGACUGUCUGGGUGUGGUUCGAUUAGAUUUGACUGACACAUUUCAAACCAGUGAGAAAAAAAGCAAAACAGAAAUCUCUCAAGUAAAAUAACAAAACCUUUUGGAACUUUGGAAGAAAAUAGUCUGUUCAUGUAGGACCCCAUUGUUCUCACCCAGUAAGAAGCUGAUUGAGAAAAUAGGAACUCCAUAAUAAAUGGUUGUUGUUGUUUGUUUGUUUUUGUUUUUUUUGCGCUGUACACAUAAUCACAGAUUAGAUUCUUGUCUUUCCAGCAGAGAAACAGAGAGUCUAACAGUAGCCACUCAUGGCUGGUUAGCUCAGAUAACGUCUCAAGAAAUUCUGAACAUUCUAAUAAAUGUAAGCAUUAUAAGAAGAAUUAAUUAUUAAAGUUACUAUGUUGUUGGAUUCAUAAGAUCUAAAUGAACAGCUUCAUUCUAUUUUUAUUAUAAAUAUGUAGUUGAAAGCAACAUUCUGUGCUUAUCAGGUUUUUCAAGGCAACAACAGCUACUCUCUCCUCACUUUGCUCCAUUUACACAAUGUAAACCAGAGAAGCAGUCUGUGCUGGUGUACAGAUAUAGAGCUUGAUUCUGCUCUUUUGACACUGAGUGGGCAGCCGAUUUCAUUGACUGAUAAAAUACUUGUCUUACAUCUGAACCAGCUUCCAAUUAAACUAAUGGUAUUAGUGCUGCAGCACCAGAUGACCCCCAUCCCGAGAAAAUGAUCGGAGGUAAUGUCACAGUCAUCUUUUUUAAUCCUCUGCAAUUCCAUUUAUUUAGACUUUUAUAUCACUUUGACAUUCGAGAUUUAGGGGUGGGACAAACACGUAUUUCUUGUCUGUGGCUGUGGAGUUGAGAUUUCACAAUGCUGAGAGCAAACAAAGAAAGCAGUAAUGAGUGUGUGCAAGUGCAGCCUGGGCACGGGUACUUCAAGAGCUUAUUUCAAGGGUGAAACACUCGUUGCAUUCAAACGACAAAACAGCAGUUCACACUGACAGGUAACAUUUUUUGUUUUUCAGUACGUGUACAUGGUGUGAAUUUAUCAGCUGUGUAUUCACUGGCAUUCUGGCUUUUUUUCGUAGCUCAAUCUGUAGCUGUCAACCCACCAGUGACUGGUUGUUUGUGAAGUGAUAUUUUUCAUUGAAGACGUUUAUUUCAUCCUGUGAUUGCUUUUCUAAGCUUUCUAUACAAGAAGUGACACAAUGACAGCUUAACAUCAUCCUUAUAAAAGAGGAGGUGCAUAAGACUGGAGGUAUGAUGCUGUAUUUGGUUUGUGAUCUCUGUUGUGACCCUUAACAAAUGUUUGCUGAUGGUUAGGUUUAUUUUCUUCAAUAGCCUUUACUUCUCAGUUACUUCAUGGAGUAUCAUUAAAAGUUAAGUAUGCUUAAAACAAACUAUGACUUGUAACUUUUAAAAUUAUCUUCCAUAAGAUUUCAGUCCUGGUUGAUAUGGUGAACACCGGUGGUUACUGUGGUAACAGUGCAGUUUAAUUCUACAGGUCCAGAAUUCUGGGGGCAGCAAACACUCCUUGAGCAGCUACUUUAUCAGAAAUAUAACAAAAGAGCAACUGGUAGAAAUGUUUACAGUGCAAUCAAACAAACUCAUCCUGUUUUAGCAAAGAAACCAGUCAAUAAUUGGGCUUUUUCCAUUAUGUCAUAAACAAUCUGAUUUUAUGCGGCACGUGUAGUUUUCUUUCUUGUUCCGUUACUCCCUGCAAUAUUUAAAUCUGAUCAGAUGCAUUUUUAAUGAGCAAUCACAGUCAUUGCUAACCUCGCUGAGAAAUACACUGUGUUUCAUGUGACUGCUUCACAAUCAAAGCCACCCCAAGUUUCGCCAGUUGAACGCUUUUAAUGUGGCGCUGCAGCAGUAGGUAAUGUUCGGUUUGCAUUAGCAUUCACUUAAUAUAUCUCUUAUACGACUGUAGGAGUAAACAACAGUAACACUGGAUUACAUACAUGCAUUGUUUUCUGACAAUCCUUCAUAGUCGUGAAGGCAAUUCGAAUGGCGGACUCCACCACUAGCAAUAACUAAUUAAUUAGAGAGCUAAUGACAGAAUUUUGAUUGGGGUCUGGGUUAAUUUCAUGAAAAUCUGCAGGAUUAUAACUUAAAAGCUCAGAAAAUCACGUCCUGUUUUAAGUCAUCUCUAAGUCAGACUCUGUCAGAAUAGAAAUUUGUUCCAUUAUCUUAAGUCAUUCGCUCAUGCCUACCUCAAAGCACGAUUACUGACAGAAACGGAAAGUGUUCUUCAGUCGUUUUACCUGGAGGCCAAAGCAAGCGCUCAAUUAACAAUCUGUACUUUUCUCUUCAGUGGAAACUUUGGUGUAACAUGCGAGUGAGAUGAGUUUACAACUCAUUCAUUUUAAAGUUAAAACACAGAAAUUUGUCAUUCAUUCAAUCCACACUCAUUGUUUCAUCAUUACAGCACUAGCUGAUAUGAGUCAUGAUUAAAUAAGUUAAUCGGCAGAUAAUUAAGUGAUAGAAAUUGUAAUAGUGAAUUAGUAAAGUUAUUUAACAAGCAGAAAAGCCAAAAAUACACUGGUUUCACCUUGUCACAUAUUAGGUUUUGCUGAUUUUUUUCAGUUUGAUAUCAUUGUAAAUUCGGUAUUGGACUGUUAGUUGAAUAAAAGCAUUAUAAUAUAUUGUAAGGGAUGUUUUUUACCUUUAUUUUCUAGAUUUAACAUUAUAUUGAAAACAUAGUUGAUAGAUUAAUCGAUAAUGAAAUUAAAAGUUGCAGCCCCAAUUGUCAACUCAUGAGACAUUCAGGAUCUCUACAAAAACUGACAAAACAUUGCUCUGCAGUAAAAAAGCAAAAUAACAAAAUGACCACAUUGUGGGAUACAUGGGACUAAACAUGAGCUUGAGGAGUUACUACAACAUAUAAAAUUGUACAUGAAAUUCACACAUGACCAGUUUCUAGUCGCAGUACGUGACAUUUUCAUAUUGUGUGUGUCAAAAUGGUGUGUGGCAUUUAUAUUUCAUUUAACCUUGCAGACAUAAUUAUUUUUGUGUUUUUCCAUCUUCAAGUGGACUACAUCAGGUAUUUUAUUUUGCAUGACAGAAAGAAUGAGGAUGGCAAUUAGUGCUUGUUGCUGAGGAUAAGCCGAGACUAUUAUCUCCUGCCAAGUGUAAAAUUACUGCGAUUAUCAGCAAUAUUACUGUAGAAAUAUGGUCGGACGUGGAUAAUUUAAAGAUUGAAACCUAAAUGGGACUUUUUCAAUCAGUCUAUCUGCACAUCCAGCAUUCAGUCUGAGAAGCAAGAAUUCACAACAUGUCAGCGAAGUUAAUUACCUCACCGAAUGCCUCCCAGCAGAGUGUGGAAUAAUAGCAUCAGGGGAGAGAAUGACUUUUCUUCUGUUGUAUUGGUUUUAUAGCACAGCAGAAUCUUUCUUAACCUCUAUUUCACUUUAAUUAGGCAUUUGCCCAAGAGACUUGCUUUUUGAAAAACAUCUGUGUUCUUGUUAUCCCAGAGGGCAAUAACCUUGCAGUAAAUGUUUUUUAUUCUCUCAUUGAUUACAAAACGUGUUCAUCCAGAAUUGAUGACCUUAUUACAUAACGUGUGGUUUGUAGUGUGUCCAUGAGAAUCCACCCCGAGAAGAUAAGUGAGCACCAUUUCUCACAGCACCUGUUGACAUUGUGAAGCAUUUUUGAGGUUUUUGAUUUUGACUGAUAUAUAGCUUUGGACUUCAUCAUACUUGGAAAGGGAGACAACAUUUUUACAAUAAAGGAAAAUGUAGACACUUAUAUUAUUAAAAACAGGAAAAAAAAACACAUAUAUUAUUAGAAUCAAGCUUAUAUUUGUGUGUAGUUUGCUUUUGUAAAUGAAUUAUGACAUUACUCUGUUCUCACUUCUGUAUUUACUGGGUUUACGUGAACUUUCUCAAACUUGCAGCCAAGGUUGCAAUAAUGUUUACGACAAAAAAGAGCUCAUCAAGAUGGAAAAAUAUAUCAAAAAAUGUUAAAGUUUUCUUAUUAGGAGCUAAUUUUGUUUAGGAACAAUGAGGAAUUCUAGUUUUUAAACAUUGGCUUACUUUUCAAGUUUGUUUUUUUUAAUGCCACAUUUAGAGAUGUACCUUUUUGAUUAGAAGACAGCUGUAGUUUAAUUUUUUUAUGUUUUGUGUAUUUGUGUCAUGUAAAACGAUAACUUUGUUGAAUAAAUACUAUUUAUAUGCAAUCCCUGAAUCAGGGUUUCCAUUGUUUCAAAUAAAAAUGCAACGUUGUAAAAUAUUUUAAGAAUUCAUGUACAGUACUGUUAAAUGCAUGAUAUAUUUGUAAACUCUUUGGUCCUCUGUCUUUCAUUGCCUCUAAACUGAUCAUCUAUUUUUCCUAUGUAAAUCAUAGUUUAAAACCUAACAGGGCAGAACUGUAUGUACCUAAUUUUUGUAUUAAUAAAUAAACCUGAACCAUU